AUGGCGGAGGUGAGUGAGCGGGCCGGGGGAGCCGGCCCCCCGCCCCCGCGCGCCCGCGUUCCCCGCCGCCCUGGUCGGGCCUCUCCGUGGGCCCCGGCGGUGGACAGCACCGCUCUGGAGCUCCGUGGCCGGCCGGGGCGCCUGGCCCGUCCGGGGCCUGAGGGGCGCGGGGCUCCGUCGGCGGCCGCCCCCGGCCCGGCCCGGCCCCCCCUCCCGGCUGCCACAUCGCGGGCUGCGGUGUCCUCGCUGGGGAGGCAGAGCCCUCGCGUGGUCUCCUGCCUUGCACACAGCCUGUACCCUGAAGAGCCUGGCUUGCAGAAAACAGCAGUGGUGUCCAUAGGCUCUGGAGAUCAUCAGUUCAACCUCGCGGAGAUCCUGUCACAGAACUACAGUGUUGAGGGGGAGUUGGAGGAGGCUUCGAGGUGCUCAGACAAGCCCAAGGAGGAGCUGGAGAAGGACUUCAUCUUUCAGAGCAGCGACAUGCCCUUCGAUGAGCUCCUUGCACUCUAUGGCUACGAGGCCUCAGACCCCAUCUCAGAGCAGGAAAGUGAGGGUGGCGACAUGGCUCCCAACCUCCCGGACAUGACCCUGGACAUGGAACAAAUAGCGAAGGAUUUGCUUUCAGGGGAAGAAGAGGAAGAGACGCAGCCAUCUGCUAAUGACCUCACCCCAACUGUGACCUCCCACGAGGCCUCCGACCUCUUCCCAAACCGGAGUGGAUUGUCUGGCCAGGGAGGGCGUCACAGCCUGGGGAUCAGGUGGAUGGAGAGUGGGAGUAAAGUGUCUUUGCCUGGAGAACGGGCCGUGCAGGCUGCCAGCAGUGGAGACCCUGGAGGACCUGCCUCCAUUUUCCCAAAGUUUGUUUCCUGGCUGAUAAAGUCAAAGAGCCUGGCUCUUCCUGCCAACAAAUGUAAGAAGGAGAUUAUGGUGGGACCUCAGUUCCAAGCUGACCUCAGCAGCCUGCACUUGAACUGGCCCUGUGAGAAGAACGGGGUUUCACCAUGUUGGCCAGGCUCGUCUCCAACCAUUGACCACCCGUGACCGGCCCGUCUCGGCCUCCUGAAGUGCUGGGAUGACAGCUGUGAGCCACCAU